AUGGACGCCGCCCAUCCUUCCCUGUCGAACCCUCCGCCGCCUGCUAAGAGACAGCGUAAGAACGCUCAUCCGCGUCGCCUCCCUCUGGAGGCAAGCCGCUCCAUGGAGAGGAUUGCAGGGGAAUCCGUCGAGGCGUCCAAACUCUGCAAGAACGCGGCAUGCAGGGCGAGCAUGGGCCCCGAAGAGCCCUUCUGCCGCCGGUGUUCUUGCUGUAGUUGCCACAAGUUCGACGAAAAUAAGGACCCGAGCUUGUGGCUGGUCUGCGGCUCAGAGGCUCCGUCUGAGGGAGAUUCCUGCGGCGCUUCUUAUCAUUUAGAGUGCGUUCUAAAGCAGGAAAAGGGGGGUGUUGCCAGAACUGAGCUUGGAGAGGGGCUGGACGGAAGCUUCUACUGCGUUCAUUGUGGGAAAGUCAACGACUUGCUGGGGUAAUUUCUCCUUCCUGCUCUGAGCUUGGUGGCCAUGCUUUAUUUUUUCAUGGGACCUCUUCAUGGGUUUUGAUGUCCUAAUCUUUUUAUUGAAAUUCUGCUUUUGAUCUACGAUUACGGGCUGAUGCAGAAUGAAUCAGACGGUUCGUUCGACCCUGUUCAUGAUCAAAAGUCAACUUAGUAGAACUGCCUCACUGGAUGGAGUGGGAAGCUUUUAUUGCUAGAUCUUGAGAAUCCCGAUCCGCGUUUCUCUCCAGUUCUUUUGACGGGGAGGAGGAGGGGGGGUGUCUUCGUGGUCCUGGGGACGUAUAGCUUCCGUGUUCAUUGUUGCGAUAUGUCCGGCAGGUGCCUGAGGAAGCAGCUUUCUACUGCGAGGAAGGCUCGGCGCGUUGACACCCUCUGCUACAGGCUGUCUCUGAGCCGGAGGAUUCUCAACGGUAACCCGAGGGUCAAGAAUCUGCACGGCGUCGUGGAUUCGGCAGCGAGGAAGCUGGAAGCGGAAGUUGGAACUCUGGACGGCUUGCCGGCGAAGAUGGGCCGGGGCAUCGUCAACAGGCUGUCUUCCGGCGCCGAAGUCCAGAGCCUCUGCGCCGCCGCCAUUGCGACGGUUGAUUCCAUGCUCUCGUCUUCGUCUCCUUCCCUGACGAACCAGGGUAAGCCCCCUCGUCCUCAGAUCGAAACCCUAUAUUUCCCGGUUGGCGUUGGCUUGAUCAUUGCUUUGUUUGGAUGGGACGUAUUAUCUGCAGACUUGGGCCCCCCUUCUAUCUCCGUUGACUUCGAAGAUGUGUCUCCGACGAGCCUGACGGUGGUUGUGGGUCUGCGGGAAGAAGCGCCACAGCUUCCGGCGACGGGCUACUCCCUGUGGUGUCGGAAGGUGGAGGCGGCCAAGUAUCCGGUGGAGCCCGUCGCUAUGUUGGCGGAACCGGAGAGGAGGUUCUCGGUUUCCGGCCUCGAGCCGUCAACUGGGUACGUGUUCAAGGUCGUCGGACUUGCCAGCUCCGGCGAGUUUGGGAAGCGGGAGCUCUGGUUCACCACCCCUGGUUCUCGGAAGGACGCCGCCAUAGAAGUAGAAGGAGACUCCUCGAAGAAGAAGAGUCAGAGCCCCUCGGAAGACUGCGGUGAAUCCUUCAACACGUUGCCGGAGUCGUCCUCCGGCAGCCUCCAGAAGAAGAAACCGGAGAUUCCCGACUUGGAGGAGGAAGCCUCGGUUCACGGCAGCGAUGGAGCCGCCGCCGAGCAGGAGAUACCCGGGUCCACCGUCCAUGGGGGCUCCCACUGGGAUUCCUCAAACUCCACCGAGCUCGACCUAAACCAGGCUCUGGAGCCGCCGAGAUCCGAGGAGGAGUCCAACGAGCCGCCGCCUCCCGAAGGGCAGGCGGCGCCGCCGCCGUACGGAUGCUCCGAGGCCAUCAUCCUCCCCUUCACACCGUCCAAACUGGAGACCACCGUGAAGACCGGUGGCGGCGGAGAGGGCGCCUGGUUCGCGGAGCAGGGAAAGGAACCGUGCCCGGGGAGCUCGUCAAAGAAGAAGAAGAAGAGGGCGGCGCCGCCGCCGCGGGAGGGAGGCGCAUUGGCGGCGGACUAUGAGUAUUGCGUGAAGACGAUAAGGAGGCUGGAGUGCGAGGGGUACAUCGAGACGAGCUUCCGUGUGAAGUUCCUGACCUGGUUCAGCCUGCGGGCGAGCCCACAGGAGCGGAGGGUGGUCAGCGUGUUCGUCGACGCCAUGGCCGACGAUCCUCCCAGCCUCGCCGGGCAGCUCGUUGACACCUUCUCCGAGGGCAUCCGGAGGAAGCCGCCGCCGCCAUUGCCGACCGGGUUCUGCACCAAGCUCUGGCAUUGA